GACAUUCCGCCAGAGCUGCUCGAGAGUUGUGUCCUUCGAUGGACGCAGCAAUCGAGACAGCCCUCGGCCGAGUUGGCGGAGAAGCCGCCCAGAGGAGUCGAGGCGGUGACUGCGCGGAAAGUCUACCGCCACCACCAACGGCAGACAGUCGAAGCACUUGACAGGUUGCUGAACGAAGUGAUCGACAAGUCGCUCUUCGACUUGGCACUGGAGGUUCUGAAGAAAGUUCGUCCAGAUGCAGCGCAGUGGGACUCGCUCUCCGCCCGCAUGGCGACCGGACCCCAGGCUGAGGAGCUGCGGGCUGUUUUCUCAUCCGAGGGCGAGGGCGGAACGCCUAAGGUCGUUGAGAUGAGCGGUGGAGACGAGGAUGCAGAGGAGGAUGAGGCGAAGAAGGCAGAGGCGAAGCUGGCAGAAACUGCCUCCACGAAGGCAUCUGCGCCCAGCCUCGGGAGUGCCAUCCCGAAGAAGGCGAGCCCGGCCACGCCGACGGCGCAGGUGGUGCCGCCGAUGCAGAAAGCUGUGCCGACAGGGCCGGCUGCCGGAGCGGGCGCACCGGGCGGACCGGUGCAGGUGCAAGCGCCGCUCCCUGGCCCGCCUGCAAUGCACGUGAUGGGCACCCCGAUGAUGGGGCAGAUGCCCAUGAUGGGCUUUCAGCCAUCAUGGGGCCUGCCGAUGAUGAGUGGGGUGGCCUUAGCUGCAGCCGCCAAGGCAGAGGAGGAAGCUAAGGCGAAGGCCCAGAAAGAGGAGGAGGAGGAGAAGAAGAGGCGGGAAGCAGAAGCCAAAGCAGAGUGGGAGAAGGCCAGGGCCCGGUCAGAGGCCGAGGCACGGGCGCGCGAGAAGCGGGAGAAGGAGGAGGCCAAGGGUGCUGCAUCCGAGCUGCCACCUGCGGAGUUUGAGGAGAUCGUGAACUCUAUGCCGGUGACACCCUUCUGGAAGAUUCCCCCACAAAAAGCAGACAUUCCGCUGGGCAUUCGGCUACGGGUGUUUGAUGGCGGGGGUGCAAGAGAAGUCGCCAGCAUGGCCGUGACGAAGCCACUGAUUUUUGGCAUGGACGCCGAGCGCUCUCACGUUGUUGAACGAAGAGGGCAGGGCGUCUAUGCAGAGCACGUGGCUUUGGUCUACACUGCCAAGGGCUUCCACCUCAAUCCGAUUUCCGGACAAAGUGUGCAAUCAGCUGUGACGCAUCACCCAAAGCUCCUGGUGAAGCUUCGCACAGAAUGCGAGGAGAAGCUGUCGGGCGAGCGACGAAGCCGUGUCAUGGGCCUGCUGGACCAGAUGGAGAAACAGGAAAUCAGAUCUGUUUUGUUCCAACCUGGUGACGGUCGCAAGAAGCUGACUUGGCAGUCCUGUGUCUUCAGCCUGGGCCGCUCGGAGCGCAUCUACUUCCUGGACUUGGUGUCGAAAGCAGACGAACUAGCCCAGGAAGCUGGAGGCCUUAAAGCCUCCGAGAAAGAUGGUGGUUCCAGGUCAAAGCCGGAGGAGGCUCCCGCUGACAACGAAGCAGAAAAAGCCACUUCCCCGAAGGAGGAGACAGCUGCGUCGGCCGCAGAGGCCCCCAAAGCUGCUGAAGAGCCAGCUGAGUCUAGAGCGAAGGCCAGCAACGAGCAGGAUGAGAGCAAAGAAACUCCAGGCCCCCCGGCCAAAGCAAGUGAGCCGAAGGAAGCUAAGGAGACGAAAGCCAAAGAAGCCAAAGAGGCGAAGGAAGACAAAAAGCAGAAGAAAAGCACAAGUCGGAGAAGACGUGCUGGCAGAAGCAGAAGCCGCAGCAAAGAGAAGCGAGAUCGCGAUCGCGACAGAGACCGCAUGGUGCUCAAACGUUACAAUGAGAAAGACGGGCAUCCCGACGCAGCAAAAGUCGCGGACGGUGCCCCCCCCGUGCCAAGUUUUGGGGAAUGCCAGAAAGGCAUUGUCUUGACGCGCGGACCAUGCGCGCUAUGUCCAGAAAGGCUCUUUGGUUCCGCCAGGGAGAGGUUGUUUCUGCAGCCCGGCGUCCGUCAAAGUGUGAAGGACACAGCUCGACGAAGAAAUGCCUUAGCAGGGCUGCUGUCUGGAACUGUGGUGGCCGCUGAAGGUCCUGCGCAUGGAGCUGUGAGCGGACCACCUGUGGAUAUGUACUUUGGGCAGGGCUCCUUCUGGCAAGUGCAAAGUGAUUGCACUUCAUUAGAGUCCCAGCUCUUGGGCCGCGCUGGUACUGCGAUCACAUCGAUUAGUGGCUAUGCCGGGGGGCAGCCGGUCAACAAUCAGCUGGUAUGUUAUCAUAAUCUGGAGUAUCCGCGACGAGACUAUGCCAUCCUGGGGCAUGCGGAGGCCGUCCAGGUUGCAGGCGUACCGCCCGACAAAGUCGUCGACUUUGCGAAGUCCUUCCUGGAUUCGGUGCCAGUGCCCGUAAAUGAGACUGACAGCGACCGCAAGGGCGAGGAAGGAGAGAGCGAGGAUGGAGUACGUCGAGGCCCGGAGUAUCGGGCGAUGCUGGGCCUGCCCGGAGGUUCGGAGUCGCCUUACUUCAAGGACAUCCUGGAGGCUAGCGGCGGUCGCCUCAAGCUGGCGGUGGGAAAGGGCAGUGAUCCAAGCACUGCUGGCACUGAUGUCGUCUGGAUCUACGACUCCUCCAAGUUCCCAUUCUACCAGGCCGAGCUUUACCACCAGUUUCAUGACCCGGACACCUCCAAGAAGUCCGCUCUCACGGGGGAGAAGUACAAGGCCCUGAGAGAAGCACUCCUCCGCCGGGGGCGGCUGCAGCCCGUGAGCUGCCCGGAGAGUGAGAUCGAAGCCUCCUCAGGCGCCGUUGACGAGGUGGAGGAUUCCCUCAACUUCGGGGGCUCUGGGGAUGACCCCUUCGAACCCGUCCUAGGCUUUCUUGGCAAGCCAAAUGCUCCCACUCCGCCGAGCAUGAAGCGAGUCCAAAAGGACUUUGUCAAAUAG